UAUAAUGCAAAUCAGUGCAGUUUAGUGAAUAAUUUGUCGAAACUAUAAAUUUAGAAAGUUCUACAACAAGGCGAAUGGUCAGAAAUAAUGAUUGUUCGGAAGGUUCUCACCAGUAGGCCAAAAGUGUCCGAAGUUCUGACGGCCUAUCUCAAGCAGUGCGAUGAACCUCCCUGGACCUCGUAUUUUAUCAAGUAUCGCGAUGUGGUCAAUGACCACUUUGGACGGUCGCACUUCAAUUGGCCACUGGACACGGGAACGAAUUAUCACAUCCUGAGAACCGGAUGCUACCCAUACAUGAAGUACCACUGUACGAAGCGACCCCACCAGGACCUCAGUGUAGAGGACAAUUUUUUCAAGUUCAUCAAAGUGAUCAACCUGGGACUGCCACAGCUGGGGUACGGAUUUGCGGCUCGGUUUCUGAUUCGCCACACUGAGUGGGUAGACAUGGGUGAAAAAUAUGGGCAAGUGCCGAUUUACUUUCUGUACGAAGAAGACAAGGGGUCAUCAUAUUAGAUUAUAAUAAUAGAACGCUUAAAUCAAUCAUCUAUAGGGUUGUUGUACUUUCUAUAAC